AUGAAAUCUUGUAACAGUGUAAGAGAAAAUGCAACAGAGUGUAAAGUCACAGGUCAGUCGGUUUGUUCAAAUCAGCUAAGAAUUAUGAGUCUGAACAUUCAGUGUCUUAAAAACAAGUACCUUGAACUUGAGGUAGCAGCAAAUAGUGACCAUAUUGAUUGUUUAUGUGUUAUGGAACAUUGGUGUAGGGACAGUGAACUAAGCAGCAUAAACUUAAGCCAAUUUAAACUUGCCAGUCAAUACGAGGCUAAAUCAUUAAUCAUAGAAAAGGAUUUUGAGGCAGUAGCCAUUCAGUUAUAUAGUUUAAAGAAGAAAAUAAUUGUUGCAGCAAUUUACAGGUCACCAUCUGGAGAUACUGAAGUCUUUCUUAAGAAUUCGGAAGAAAUGCUCAACAUUUUCUCAAAUGAGAACUCUACCAUAAUUCUUUGUGGUGACUUUAAUAUUAAUCUAUUGGUCCAGAGUCCAGUAAAAAACAAGUUUUUAGACAUACUAAAAUGCUGCAACAUGUUCCCCCACAUAUCAGCUCCCACUAGAACAACAGAUUCCAGUGAAAGCCUAAUAGAUAACAUCUUCUCAAAUGUGGACACGCAUGAAGUUGCAGUUACAAAUGUGAAUAUAGGAUUAUCAGAUCAUAAUGCACUAACCUUUAAUCUCACUGCAACUCCCAAGGAGGAGGAAAAUAAAAAGGAGUAUAAACGAUUUUUCUCUACUGAAAAUUGUAAUCGGUUCAAAAAUAAUUUAAAAAAUGCAGUUUGGUCAGAGGUCCUGGCACAAACAAACACAAAUGAUGCUUACAAUAUAUUUGCUUCCACUUUUAUGACAUACUUUGAAAUGUGUUUCCCAAAAAAGCUUUUGAGUUAUAGAUCAUCUGGAUCCAAAGGUACCUGGAUUACACCCGGAAUUAAAAAGUCGAGUGAAACCAUGAAAUUACUAAGUUUAAAGUUAAAAACAUGUCAUGAUCAGCAGUUUGUUGUGUAUGUGAGGACAUACAAAAAGACUUACCGCAAAGUAAUAGCAAAAGCAAAAUUAUUAAGUAAUGAUAGAUUAAUAAGGCAGGCUAGCAACAAGUCCAGAAUGUUGUGGAAAAUGGUAAAAAAAGAAACUGGGGGUCAAACUAAAGAACAGGAAAUCAAUCUUAAAAAUAAUGAAAAUAUUCCCAUAAAAAAAGAUGCCAUGGCAAACUAUGUAAACAAUUAUUUUGUAAAUAUUCCCCUUACUUUAAGUAGUAAAUUUAAGCAACAACCAACAGUGACAACUCCAAUGGUAAAUACCAGCAUGAUGGCAAUGCCAACAGAUGAGCAUGAAGUUCUAAAAGUCAUUAAAUGCUUGAAAUCCAAAAUGUCCUAUGGGUUGGAUGACGUACCUGUAUCAAUAAUUAAGAAAAUUGCUCCAUGUGUUGUCAAACCUAUAGUGCACAUAGCAAACUUGUCCCUUAGCAUAGGUCAUGAUCUAAAAUUGUUUAUCAUGAGCACAUACUUUUGUUUUUUGGGUAAUAAGUUCUUGUACACAACUUAUAUACUAUGUUUCUCAAUGAUAUUAUAUGCAGACUUCUGUGCUUUUUGGGCUUGUAAACUGUAA